AUGUAUCAUCUGCUCAAUAGCCUCGCUAUAGCAGCUGGCGAGGCUCUCGUCGUUUCGAGAUAUCUUUGUUGUAUGACAUUUCUGGAACUACUGGACUGGCUAGCGCAACGUGCCGAGCAGGACGCGUUGUGGAAUCGCUUCAGUGCUCGACUGCUUACAGGCGCAUCGAUUUACGGGCUGCCUCUGGAAAGCGUACUUGAAACUAUACUACUUUCUGUAAAAGACGUCAAAAAGCUCCAGCAUUUAUUUGGCAGUCAGUUGCAUGAAAAUCAUGUCGUGAAAUAUGUAUUCUAUGACAGAUCUCUAUUUCUGAAAGUCUAUUCACCGGAUAUCGUCAAAAAAUUGGCUCAGUGCUUGCAAAUAAGCAAUAAUGACAAGAAUGGUUUGUUUUACAAUCCUAUUUUUGCCUCAUUGCCCGGUUUCUGUUUUUGA